AUGAGGGAUGGUCAGAUCCUCAAGGGUAGAACAGUGGGGCUCGAAAGCAGGAACCAGGUAGGAGUCUAUUUACUGGGAAAAUAUGGGCAGAAGAAAAUAAGAGAAAUCCAGGAACGAGAGGCAGCUGAAUACAUUGCACAAGCACGAAGACAGUAUCAUUUUGAAAGUAAUCAGAGGACGUGCAAUAUGACAGUACUGUCAAUGCUUCCAACACUGAGGGAUGCCUUAAUGCAUCAGCUGAACUCUGAGAGUCUCACAUCUCUUCUUAAAAAUAGGCCAGCAAACAAGUUAGAAAUAUGGGAGGAUUUAAAGAUAAUAAGUUUCACAAGAAGCAUUGUAGCUGUGUAUAGUACCUGUAUGCUAGUAGUUCUUUUGCGAGUCCAGUUAAAUAUUAUAGGUGGUUACAUCUACCUGGAUAAUGCUGCACUCUGCAAAAAUGGCACGACACCACUCGCUCCCCCUGAAGUCCAGCAGCAAUAUUUAUCAAGCAUUCAGCACCUUUUAGGAGAUGGACUGACUGAGUUAAUAACCAUUGUUAAACAAGCUGUGCAUAAAGUUUUUGGAAGUAUUUCCCUUAAACACACCCUGUCUCUUCUGGACCUGGAACAGAAACUAAAAGAUAUCAGGGAAGUAGUGGAACAUAAAGAUUCAGAUCAGAUUGCCUCUUACUCUCCCUUAUGUCAUUAUCUGAUGCCAGAUGAAGAACACCCCUUGGCUAGCCAGGCCUAUGGACUCACAGAAAGAGACAUUGCUACAAUUAAAUUGCUGAAUGAAACUAGAGAUAUGCUGGAGAGUCCAGACUUCAGUACAGUUUUGAGCACUUGUUUAAAUAGAGGAUUCAGUCGACUGCUGGACAAUAUGGCAGAGUUUUUCAGACCUACCGAAAAGGACCUCUCUCAGAAUGGCUCUGUAAAUAGUCUUUCCAGUGUCAGUCUUCCUUUAGCCAAGAUAAUUCCAAUAAUAAAUGGACAGAUCCAUUCAGUAUGCAGUGAAACACCCAGUCACUUCGUUCAGGAUCUGUUGAUGAUGGAACAAGUGAAAGACUUUGCUGCUAAUGUUUACGAAGCUUUCAGUACCCCUCAGCAACUAGAGAAAUGACCUGCACAUGUUUAGGAAUAGGUGGUGUAUUUAUAACGAAUCCCUUGUGACUACUGAUGGCUUGGGUUAAUUCUGUAAUGGUGUAGGAGUGGCAGACCAGCAGGAAGAACACUCUGAGGAAAGUGGGAGUGAGUCCAUAUUUCUUCAAAUAGAAUUAUAUUUCAAACACCCAUUAAAAAUAUUGUUGAAAGAAUCAUUGUAUGUAAAGACUUUUCUAUUUAAAAAGUGGCUGAACUCUCCUGUAAUUCAUUUGACCUUUUUUAUUGCAUCUACAAGGCACCUGGUGGCAGUACUACAACAAGCUACUGAGAAACCCAUUUGUUUGCCUGGGGUGUUUGGAAGAAUUUUGGGAAGAGCUAAUGAGAGUGAUCUUAGAAUAGCACAGAGUAGCAGAAUGAAUUAAGGCUUUUUUUCUUCUUCUCCCCCUAAAUUUUUCUUUAUAAAAAGGAAAUUUUUUUCCUUAGCUUUAUCCAUGUUGUUCCAAAGAGCCUCUUGAUCUUCAGAAAGCCUUUGCCAACAGAGGCAUCUUCCUCUUGAACCAGCUGGGGGUGUGCUCUCUGUUACUUAAUACUAAAGGAAUGUGGUUUUUUAGCUGUUCUCAUGUUUAUGCUGUUCAAACAGCUACACUGUACACAUU